AUGUCCAUCUCACUUGCAUUAAAACACCCUCUAUUUUGCAAUAAUAUUUGUGCAAAAUUAGUUUUCCCAUGUAAAUUUUGCUUUUUUUUUAUGUAUUUUUAUUACUUUUUCUCUAUUCUUUUACAAAUUUCAUAUAAAUUUACCUCUUCAGUUUACUUUUAUUAGCUUCACCAUACACUUUGUACUUCCCACUUAAGUUUCUUAACACCUGUGAAAAAACAGGGACAGAGGAGUAUAUAAUACUCUUAUGUAAAAGUAAUCAAAGUAAUCAAUCAAUGUCCUGUCAAAAAAAAAAAAAAAAAAAAAGUAAUCAACCAAUGUCAUUUUGUCCAUGCUCUCUUUCUGUCAAUGUCAUAGCUCUUGUAUUUGCCAUUGUGUAUUUCAUUUAAUUAAGCAAUGGAAACCUCAAGUACAAUUAUCCCAACAAAUACAGAAGAAGAGCUAACACAAUUGAAAAACUCCUUACCGAAAGAGUUGUGGUUUGCUGGUUAUCCCUUGUACUUCUACCAAGGCUUUUGGGCUCCAAAACUUGAAUGCAUAACUGCCUUUCAAAACCAUUUUGAAGCUCAAGACACUGAUAUCUUCGCAACCAGCUUUCGCAAAGUAGGCACAACUUGGCUCAAAUCCUUGGUGUUUGCCAUUUCUGACCGCGCAAAUCACCCACCUUCCAAGAGCCCCUUACUCACCCACAACCCCCAUGAGUUAGUCCCCCAAUUCGAGUCCAAUAUUUAUAGAAAAUCAAAGAGUCCAAAUCUUAGCACCAUUAAGUCUCCUAGACUUUUUGGUACACACGUCCCAUUUUUGUCGUUACCAAGUUCAAUCAAAGACUCAAAGAGCAAGAUCAUAUAUAUCUUUAGAAACCCAUUUGACACUUUUGUGUCCUCUUGGUUGUUUUAUCAAAAAACGGAUGAUUGCAAGGCUAAUAUGAUGUCUAACAUGUUUAAUCAAUUUUUUGACAUGUUUUGCGAAGGGAAAGUUCCUUUUGGACCGUACCCUGAGCACGCAUUAGGGUAUUGGAGAGAGAGCCUCAAGAGGCCAGAGAAGGUGUUGUUUAUUAAGUACGAAGAUUUGAAGGCAGAUCCUAAACCUCAAUUGAAAAGAAUUGCGGAAUUUAUAGGAUUCCCAUUUUCAAAUCAAGAGGAGCAAGGAGGUGUCAUUGAUGGUAUUGUGAAGUUGUGCAGCAUUGAUAAUAUGAAAAUAGUCGCGAUUAAGAGUGAUCGAGUUUAUUCUAUUGUUCAAAAUGAUGCGUUUUUCCGUGAAGGGGUGGUAGGAGAUUGGACUAAUCAUUUGACUCCAUCCAUGGCGGAGAAGCUUGGAAAGAUUAUGGAAGAAAAAUUCUAUGAUACCGGCUUAACAUAUACAAGUAUGUAAGAAUGAUUGUCUUCAAUUUCUUUGGUUACUGUAAGUAAAAUGUGCUUUGAUUAGUAUUUUCUUUGUGGAUCAAAUAAAUCACAAAUGAUGGGCGAUCUAGGUAUGUAUUUCUAUCCUUAAAUAUGUUUCCUAGCAUUAUUGUUAAUGAUCAUUAAUCAAGGUUUGUAUGAAAAACAUGUCAUUGUAUGAAAAACUUUUAUUAUUGGCUCAAAUCCGUGAUUACUUUAUUGAUUUGUAUGAAUUUAUUAGUUUUCCUAAUUAAAUCUUUUGAUUGAGUUGAUCUUCUCCGUAACGAUUAUUAUUGGUAAAGUUGUUCAGUGGCGGAACUAAUUAAGAACCUAAUAGGGCACGUACUACCACAAAGAAAAAAAAGAAAAAAAAGGUUUAAAUUAGUAUUUUUUAGUUAAAUAAACA